AUGAGGUGUCGCUUGUCCCGGCGGGAGCCGGACGUGGGGAGGCGGCGGCCGCCCGGGAGGUAUAAGAAGUGGCCGCACCUCGCCGUCCCCGCGGUCCUGGCUGAGCUGAGCAUGCACUCGGGCUCCGUGUGUCUCUGGGGCGUCCCUGGGGACAGCGCCGCCCCCCCCUGCAGAACCCACUGUUACCUCCCGGUGACUCCCGGGGCCUUCUGCUCCGGGGAUGCGAGCCCCGCCUUUGGGCUCUGCUUGCCCAGCAGCUGCCAGGGGAGUUUCUGGCUCCUGGGUAACUGCCGAGGCAGCUACGGCGACACGCUGAGCGGCGAGCCCCGGACCCGCAGCACCAGCUGGGCCCCACGGAACCCCCUCGCGCCCGGCAACUCUCCGGCAGCGGGGACAGCCCGCCGUGCCUCAGAGCCCCCCAGCCGCGGGCCCCACACCACGCCCACGGGCCACGGGUCCCACUGCCACGCACCCAGCCGGCGCCCCUCUGCCACCUGCCGGAUCCGCAGUUAUGGUCCCCCCUGCCUUGGGCGACUGAGCCCCUCAUCGGAGAGCUUCCGACCCCUGAGCCCCUGCAGGCUGGGCAGUGCGGGGUACAGAAGCGUCCAGAGUGCUGGCUCCAUACCUGCGGCCUUCUUGCUACCCCACUGUGUUCCCAGCAGCUGCUGGCCCCAAAACUACGUCAUGAGAAACUGCCGAUACCCGAGGUUCAGGCCCUCGAGCUGCCAACCACUGAGCUACUUUCCAAGACCCUGGGGGGCCCUGAGCUGCCUGCCCAGCACCUUCCCUCCGCUGAGGUACCUGUGCAGCGCCUGCCGCCCCCUGAGUUGCUACCGAUGA